CACUCGAAGGAGCGAAGAACUUUCAUCCGUGGAGUCCCUAGUGACGAGCUCGAUUCAGACGAGCAAGACGCCGCAAUCCAGUAUUGGAAGGAUCGCAAACAAUCCGAGAACGAGCGCGUAAAAGUCGAGACUCCCGAUAGCUUCGCCAGAGAAAUUAAAGAUGCCACCGAUUCACGAGAAAUCUUCAUCGCAGAAAAGAACCGUGAGGUGAUCGAGGCGAAGACGGCCUUACGCAAAGCCGAACUAGAGAUGGAAGAAUACAAACGCCGUUAUCUCCAAAUGAUGGCUAGGACUGAGGAUCUUUCAUCAAACAUCGAAGAGUCCAUCGAGACCGAUGACGACAAGGGCGCUCAUGGAAGAGGCGGUGCCGAUAGAUCGGCAUUGCUCCGGCAAGGGGCGGCAGCCUCUGCCGCGUCACAGCAACUCCGCUUUAGGACGCCUGAUUACCCUUUUAAGAAGGAGCUUUUCAACUCCGCUCCUACGCAUACUGUCCACUCGGCCAGUGCUGCUGUGCCCGCAUCAGUGAAUCAAGUACCUAUCGGUCUUCGACCAUCUCAGAACGUGCCUGCUUCUAGUACGUUAGGUAGAACUAUUCAACGUCGGCUUGCAAACCUUCGAGAAGCAACGAAUGAGCUCGAAAGAGGCAGCGCAAAGGGGAAAUCACCCCCGCGAUCGGUGAUUAAGCCCCAACCUCCGUCCGAAUAUGACGGAAAGAAUAGCCUUGACGUAUUCCAACGUUUCGUUGAAGAAGCCUGCGAGUAUCUCAUCGAGGGACAAGUAACCUCGAAAUGGCACGUCCAGAAACUACGCCGCUAUCUUACCAAGGAGGCAGAGAAAUUCUAUAAGCAAAGCGUAAAAAUCCCCGAGGAUUGGACUAUUGAAGAGUUUUUCUUGGACUUAUUCAACCAUUGCUUCGACGAUGGCUUUAUGGGGCAAGUACGCCGCAAAUUCAAUACUUGGGUUCAAAAGGAGUCCACUGUAAAAUCCUUCGCAUCCACGCUCGAAGGACUUCGAGAAGACUUAGGAGAAGAGAUUAGCGACUUCAGGAUGAACCAACGACUUUGGGAAGGCUUGAGGGACGAAAUCACAGAAUGUCUUUAUCAUUACGGACUUCACCCGGACUACAGCUCAUACGAAGUAACCCUCGCGUCGGCAAUUCAGGCCGAGCGAGCCGUGAACAAUACGUUACAUAGAAGCUCUAGCUUCUCUAGCCCUACGAGCAAUACGUCGGUCCCUAAAGCAAGGAAAGGACGAUCCACGAAAGUAUCUGUGAACACACCUAAGGUCACCAUCAAUGAAACAAAGGCAACGCCUUCGCCUAAGUUUGUAAAGAGGCAACCAAGGAAAGAUACCCCGAAGAUGUCUGAAGAGGAACGUCAGCGCCAUAUCGAUAAUGGUUUAUGCUGGAAUUGUUCGCAGGCUGGGCACCUUGGUCGGAACUGUCCUGAACGACAGAAAACGAAAGGUGCCACGAAUAAACCACCGGGUAAAACCAGCUACGCAGUCCGGUUACCAUUGGUAGAGGACGAAUCCGUCGAGGAAGAGGACGAACCUGUCGAGGAAGAGGACGAUCCCGUCGAAAUUAUCGAUGAGCUUCGAGCACACAUGAUGAAUGUUGUAUACGAAUCGGAUACCGAUAGCUCGGAGGGUUCGGAUACUGAAGUCGAAGAGUCGGAUCGGUCAAGCACGCUAUCAGAGCUUGUAGCGAUCUAUGGAAACCACGGCUUGAUAUUUCAGAAUGGCUUAGAUUAUUGGGGAAACCCACCUGACACCGAGAUACGUCCCGUCGAACCACGGAAACCUUGGGACCACGCUGCCCGAGCCGAACAAUUAUGGCACGAUCUCGAUUAUCUUCGCACUCGAGGAAUCAUCGGUACUGUAAUACAUUCCCGUGAGAUGUACAAGCGGUUACAUAACGAGGAUCACCUUCAAUGUCCCGAAGAAGUGCUCAACCAUGAAAUGGAAAAGGAACCCGUGUUCAAAGACCGCUUCGGUGACCCUGUACAAGAAAGAAUCGAACGACAGAUGAUAUUUGGGAUAUCGCGACUCCCUCACCUAUGGCAGACCUGGCAGAACGAGCCGCUCGUAGCUUCAUGCAUGACAACCACGAAGAAUGACGAAGUCGUCUGGCUCAUAAAUGACCCACUCUUGAGUCGACUCGUCUUCAUGCCGAUGCUGCACAUAGGCAGACAGAAUUUCGACUUUGUCGGCUGGUACCAGAAACGAACAAUCGAGUUUGUAGACCUGUCACAUAAAUAUGAGAAAGGCGAGCUAGAUCACGAAGACAUCGAUUAUUACAUGGAAUGGAAUGAAAACCAAACCGCUACUCACCUGGAGGAGACUGAGAUUAUGGAUGGACCUACGGGUUCCGACCACAGCUCGUCUACCUCGAGCUCGGGAGGCGCAGAGGAUAAUCAACCGUUCCCACAAUCAGGCAACUACCAUACCUGA